ACUCCCGACCCGCCACCGCUCCCCCGCUUCUCUGCUCCAGUUCUAGCCAACGGCUGGUUUCGUGCACUAGAAGAGCCCAUGAACAGAUUGGCGUCGUGGAGGUUCACGGCGGGCCUUACUCGAGGCGCCCUUCCUCCGUGCCGCCGCCCAAUUGGCCGCGCUCUGUGCUCCGGCGCGCCGCAGGACGGCGAGAUGGAGGCCGCAGUGCGAGACGUCGUGUGCUUCGGCUCCGGGAGCCUCGACGAGGUGGGGAGCAGGCUGGACCGGCUGGGCGUGGCCGUCUCGCCCCACCUGGUGGGGCGUGUGAUCGACUUGUGCGGCGAGACGGGCGGACGCUCCGGCAGGAGGUUGCUGCGCUUUUUGGCGUGGUGCCGGUCCAAGCACCCCGGGGCAUUGGGGGAGGAGGCGCUCGACAGGGCGAUUGGGGCGCUUGCGCGGGCUGGGGACCUUACUGCGAUGAGAAUCGCCAUUACUGAUGCUGAGAAGGACUGGCGGAGGAUGGCUCCCGAGACAUUUUCCACCGUGGUCGAUGCACUUGUCAAGGCGGGGAGGGAGGAUGAGGCUGUUCGCCUGUUUAGAGGCUUGGAGCAGCAGAGAUUGCUGCCUGAGCGCGGGGCCAGUGUUGGAGGUGAUGGCGUAUGGUCCAGCAGCCUUGUCAUGGUCGAGGCAUUGUGUAAGAGGGGCCAUGCUCGCGAGGCACAGGGUGUUGUGUGGCACCAUAAGAGCGAGCUCUCGGCAGAGCCCAUGGUUAGCAUCGUUGAACGGAGCCUCCUCCAUGGUUGGUGCGUUCACGGGAACGCUAAGGAGGCUCGGAAAGUCCUCAAUGAAAUGAAGUCUUCAGGCGUUCCGUUGGGCUUGCCAUCGUUCCAUGAUUUUCUCCAUUGCGUGUGCCACAGAAACCUUAAGUUCAAUCCCUCUGCCCUUGUUCCAGAGGCCAUGGAUAUAUUAACAGAGAUGAGGUCCUGUGGUGUUCCCCUGGCUGCUUCUAGCUUCAACAUAUUACUUUCAUGUUUAGGCCGAGCAAGACGAGUGAAAGAAGCUUAUAGAAUCUUGUACUUGAUGACAGAAGGAAAAGCAGGGUGCUCCCCUGAUUGGGUUAGCUACUAUCUUGUGGUUAGGGUCCUUUAUUUAACAGGGAGAAUUGUUAGAGGGAAGAGGCUUGUAGAUGCCAUGCUUGAAAGUGGAGUGCUUCCGGCUGCUAAGUUUUUCCAUGGUCUUAUAGGUGUCCUUUGUGGAACAGAGGAAGUCGACCAUGCUCUUGAUAUGUUCAAGCUUAUGAAGAGGUGUGAAUUAGUGGAUGCUCGUAUAUAUGACCUGCUUAUAGAAAAGCUUUGUAGGAUUGGUAGAUUUGAAAUUGGAAGAGAGCUGUGGGAUGAGGCUACAAAGAGUGGUCUUGUAUUAGGAUGCUCACAAGAUCUGCUGGAUCCCUUGAAGACAGAGGUAUUCAGACCAGUUUGUCCAGCACAAAGAUUAAGCCCUCAAAACUAUAAGCGUUUGGCCCGAAAAAAGAAGGUUACUGCUCUUUGUUUCAAGUGGUUAUUAGGCUUCAUGGAUACGUCUCAGGAGCAAGAACAAGAUUUUGGCGUACUGCUGAAGCAGGGGGCAGAAGGGAGGGUAUUUGCUUCGACAUUUGUGGGACGAAAAUGUGUAAUCAAAGAGCGGUUUUCAAAAAAGUACCGACAUCCAUUGUUGGACUCGAAGUUGACUCUAAAGCGCUUAAAUGCUGAAGCUCGGUGCAUCACAAAAGCAAGAAAGCUUGGUGUUCCUACCCCAGUACUUUAUGCUGUGGAUCCGCUUCUGCAUACUUUGACCUUUGAGUAUGUGGAUGGCUUGUCUGUCAAGGAUAUACUUCUUGGGUUUGGUUCAGAUGGGGUUAAUGAGGAACGCCUGAAUGAUAUUGCCACACAGAUAGGAAAUGCCGUCGGCAAACUACAUGAUGGAGGCCUUGUUCAUGGUGAUUUGACCACAUCAAACAUGAUAAUUAAGAACAGUAACUAUCAAUUGGUUCUUAUUGAUUUUGGUCUGAGUUUCACAUCAACAAUUCCUGAGGACAAAGCAGUGGACCUAUAUGUGCUAGAGAGAGCUUUGAUUUCCAUGCAUUCGUCCUGUGGUGAUGUGAUGGAGAAAAUCCUGGCGGCGUACAGAAAGGCUUCGAAGCAGUGGUGCUCCACCCAGAACAAGCUGGCUCAAGUGAGGCAACGGGGCAGGAAGCGCACCAUGGUCGGAUGAAGUAAAAUCUGUGGCAUGGAAUGGCUGGAUGUCAUUAUUAGAAUUUAGAAAGACGAAGUGAACGGAGUAUUGCACCACCAUUGGGUUGCUUGCUGUAUUUUUGUAGUGGGUGAGUGGCUUUGGCUGCUGUAACGUUUGUGGAUGGAAAUUUGGAAUUACGUUGCCCACCACCCACCAGCAUUUGGUCAAGAGAAGUGGUAGAAGUUCUUUAUUUAUUUCUUGUGCAAAAUAAUAACUGGGAGACGUGCUGGUUGGUUGGGGUAUGGUUA